CCAACAUUAUAAGUCCAUUUUGGAAGUAUUUCGUCUAACACCCAACAAAUUCAAUAAAAGUCUUGAUGAAAUAGUUAUCUUUCUAGCGCAGGUAUAAUUAAUAAGAUAUCUAAACAAAAUUCUACAAAUAGUUGCUCUUUCAUACUUUAUAUUAUAAAUUGUUGUUCAGAAAUUUGUAGAGUAAUCAUGGAAGACUGUUUGCAAUAUUUAAAAGAAAAAAUUGUUUGUAGAGAAAAAGUAAUAGAGCAGCUUUAUUCUUUGAUUGGUUAUUCAGAUGAACCAGUGCCUCAUAGCAUAUUCAUUUAUGGUCAUACAGCUACUGCAAAAUCUUUAGUAGUUAAAUCUAUGCUUUCUUACUUAAAAUAUAAUGCAACUAUUAUUAAUUGCAUUGAACAUAUUAAUAGUAAACAUAUGUUUAACUAUAUCCUGAAUGAUCUAUCAUCAAAUUUAAUUGGUUCAGUAACAAAUGAUAAAUUACAAUAUAAAUGCGACAAUAUUGCAGAUUUUGUAAUGUACCUUAAAGAAAUUUCUAUAAAUAGUACUAAACCAACUAUCAUAGUACUUGAUAAAUGUGAUAAGUUAAGAAACAUUGAUAUUGGUUUUCUACCUGCAUUUUCAAAAUUAAAGGAAAUCUCAGGUGUUAAUGUUUGUGUAAUUUUGAUAAGUGAUAUAGUAUGGGAGAAGUUCAGAGUAAAAAUUGGUAUGCAUGAACCAAUCAAAAUUCAUUUCUCACAGUAUACGCGAAAUGAAUUUAGCGAGAUCUUACUUUUAAAUAAACCACAUGAUUACGAAGAUUCAUUUUAUAAAGACUAUUUAAAUUUGUUUCUGUCUGUGUUUUUUCGAUUUUGUAGAGAUCUUAACGAACUCCGUUAUAUGGCUAGGAUAAACUUUUCUAAAUACAUAGAACCUAUUGAAAUUAAUAAAUCUAAAAAGAAUGAUACUGCCAUGUUAUGGAGAAACAUAUCUGCUGUGUUUAAAGCAAAUUUGGAAGUUAUUUAUCUUCGAGUUUCAGUUGAAGAUUUUGCAAAACAUAAUCAGUUGUCCACAGAGAUUGAAUCAACAAUGAGACUAGCAUUAAGUUUUGAGUUACCAUAUUAUGCAAAAUACAUGUUAAUUGCAUCAUAUCUUGCUUCGUACAAUCCUGCAAAAGAAGAUAAAUAUCUUUUCAUGAAACGAAAGUUCAAAAGAAAAAAGAAGGGAGCUACUAAAAAGAAGACGAUACUAAAUACUCGCAGCGGGCCUCAUCAUUUUCUAGUAUCUAGAAUGCUUGCUAUUUUUUGUGCUAUUCUCGAUGAAAAAGUUGAUAUUAAUGCUAAUUUACUUGCGCAAAUUCCAUCAAUGUGUCAGCUUGGCUUACUAACUACUGUAGGAAAUUAUAAUUUGGAUGAACCUAAAUUAAAAUGCUGUGUAUCGUAUGAUUUCAUUCUUGUUAUAGCUAAAACUGUUGGAUUCAAUAUUCAGAAUUAUUUGUAUAAUUUUAUGUUGUAGAAUAUACUUAUCACAAAUCAUUUCAUUAUUGUAUCAAUUAUCAAUAAGUGUAAACAUUUUUUUGUACAUAUUUAUUAUCUUUUUUAUUAAAAAAUAAAAGUUUUCAACUUAAAA